AUGCGAUCGCCGAUCGAGUUCGAAAAGUCGCACCAUUAUGACCAGUGCCGUGACAGCAUUGAAAGCGACAGAUCCUCUUCGCGACACAGUGUCGAUGAGGAAGCACAACAAUCGUUCGCAGAUGAUGUGCCUCUAGCACCCUGUCCACCACCCGCACAGCCCUACUCUGCAUUCUCACUCAAUCGAAGACGGUUUAUCCUGGGUGUUGUUACAGCAGCUGGCUUCUUUGGUCCACUUUGCGGAGCAGUCUAUCUGCCCUCACUCAGACUUUUCCAGAAAAUCUUCAACGCUUCAGAAGCUGCCAUCAAUGGAACAGUCUCGAUAUACAUGGUUGUGUUUGCCAUUGCACCACUCUUUGGUGCAGCGGCUUCCGAUGUUGGUGGCAGAAAGACGGUAUACAUGGUCGGUCUCGGAAGCUUUCUCAUCGCCAACACAUUACUCGCUACGCUUCCAGCUUACAUCUGGCUACUGUACAUUCUCCGUAUCUUCCAAGCGUUCGGAUCGUGCAUCGUCUUUUCCGUUGGAGCUGGUACCGUAGCCGACAUUACUGAGCCUGCAAGCCGUGCAUCCGCUUUGGCUUGGUUUCUCAUGGGACCUCAGCUUGGACCGAUCCUGGGACCUCUGAUUGGCGGUCAAUUUGCGACGGAGUCACGGUGGAGAUGGGUGUUUGCCUUCCUCUCGCUCACGAGCUUCCCGGUGUACCUCGCCAUCGUCUUCUGCAUGCCAGAAACUCUGCGUUCUCUAGUCGGAAAUGGCGCCAGUGUUGCCAAACAACCCUGGAUAUCGAUGCCAAAGCUGUGGACCAAGCCUUGCACCGACAUGAAUGUUCCCAAAGUUCCCCGACCCUCGUUCCGCAAGUUCAUGCGUCUCUUGAAGUACCCGCCGCACCUGAUUGUCUGCUUCAACGGGGCUUUUCAGUUUUCUGGUCUGUAUGGCAUGUACAUUUCCUUUCCUACCAUCUGGCAAGAAGGCUACGAUUGGACGACUGCCGAGGUCGGCUAUGCUUUCCUCUGUCCCGGCAUCGCCAUGUUCCUCGCUUCCAUUGUUGUUGGGCGACUUUCGGACUAUAUGCGGAAGAAGGCCAUAGCCAACAGCCCAGACGGAAAAGUAGCACCCGAACGACGAAUUGCAAUUCAGAUUCCGGGAUUCCUCUGUGCGGCUGCUGGAAAAUUGAUGUUUGGUUGGUUUACGCUUAACCAUGUACACCCAGCGUUAGGCCUCUGUGGCUCAGCGCUCGCAGCAGUCGGUGUCUCUAUAGUGUUUGUAACGAGCACCUCGUUCCAAACGGAAUGUGACCCUACUCAAACUGCCAGCUUGGUGGCACUGGGAGGAUUUCUUCGCAACGUAGCCGCAGCAAUCUGCGCCGCCAUCAUGGGCGGCAUUCUAGAUGGAAUGGGAUGGGGAUGGGCGUUUACUGGUCUCGGUAUCAUGGACCUGCUUUGCAUCCCCGGCAUUAUCCUGAUUCUGGUUCGUGGGGCGAAGUGGCGUGAAGAAUUGAAGCGAGGAUAG